AAACUGAGGCUUGAAAUUACUUAAGGCCCGAUAAGAUUCCGGACCUGGACGGUUCACAGAGGUCAGUAACUUGAACCUGUGAACAGAUUCCUCUAUUGUGGCGCUAAUUUCCUUCGUGGUAGCACUAGGUCUAGCGGUCGUAACGCACCGAGAACAGUUGCUCCAUUGUGACAUCCUUAUUUUCUCAUACCUGUGGUCUUAAGAAGUAUGCGGAGCUGGUGACACGAUGCUGGAGAGGCGCACCUACCCACUACUAGCUGUGGUGCUCACCGCCACCUUCGUCUGUGUGAGCGUGUGGCGGAUGUCGGGGGGAUGUCCGGGGCCCCCCUACUGUGUCCCGGAGCCACCCCCCGCUCCCAGCUACCUCCUGCUCGACCCCAGUAACGUCACCCUCGUGCCGGACCCCUUCGACCUCUCCCUGCUCGACCCCGGGGACGUGACCUCCCUCAUCGACCUCCACAACUUCACGUUCCACAUGAACGACCCGGUGUGCAACAGCUCGUCCCCUCCACUGUUCGUGGUCAUCGUCCACUCCGCCCCCGGCCACGAGUACCACCGCCGGGCCAUCAGGAACACGUGGGGACAGUCGGUGCACCUGGUGUUCCUGGUGGGGGAGACCAACUCCACCGGCGCCCAGGAGUCGCUGGAGCGGGAAAACGACGAACACCACGACAUGGUGCAAGGCAGCUUCCUGGACUCCUACAGGAACCUCACUUACAAACACGUGCUCGGACUGAAGUGGGUCACCUACCACUGUCCAGGAGCCAAGUACGUACUCAAGACUGACGACGACGUGUUCGUCAACACGCCGUUUCUGGAGGAGUUCCUGACGCGCGAGCUGUCGCCCCUGGGUGCCCGCAAGUUGGUACUCUGCGACGUCCUCUACAGUGCCAUAGUGAAGCGAUCCUACCGCUCCAAGUGGCGGGUGAGCCACCGAGAGUUCGCCGACCGCUGGUACCCGGACUACUGCACGGGCUGGGCUAUCCUCUACUCACCGGACGCCGUGUUCCGGCUCUACCGGGAGGCCCAGCGUAGCGAGUAUUUCUGGAUAGACGACGUCCACAUCACCGGCACACUGUUGUCCAGGAUCAACUACACCCACACCAGUGUCGGUGCCCUGGGCAUCCAGGAGCCGCGCACCUUCAAGAUGAUCCAGAAAGGGGAACCGGAGGACUUUCUGUUCAGUCUGCUUCCCCCCUCUUACUUUAGCGAACUGUGGAACCUUGUCAACUCCCGAUCGCGGAUCCCUAAGACCGCACCGUCAGUCCAGCCACGGUCCAGGUCCUGGAUGAGUAGGUAGUGGUUGUAACUCGGGGUGUUCAUCUAGUCGAAUUGAUAUUCUUUUGUUCAGAGUAUAGUGUGUGUCUGUUUAGUUUUCGUUUAGACUUCUUCAAAUUUCUUAGAUUCUCAAAUAGCCGAUAGUUAUAUUAUUUAAGGUUCUUACUUUAACACUUGUAUAUAUAUGAAGGUGGUUAUAUUAAGUAAAUCUUUAAGACUGCAGAUCAGUAUUGAAGCUUAACACUUGUCGUUCCAAGUCUCGUUAACGUUAAAUUGGAGUUCGCUGCGUAACAGCUAGAAUUUCUAUAGCAAUGCAACUCGUAACAACUUAUCACGAACUUGAUUUUGAGACUUAUUAUGAACUAGUACUAGGGUAUUGAAACUGAUUGUACAGUGAUAUUUUUGUUUUGUUUUGUACCUAGGUAAUCAUGGAACCAAUGAUUUAAUUUAUAUAGAAAUACGGGAAACGUAAUGUGAGGAAUCGCAGGGGAAAUAUUACGGAAUAAUACUUCUUAUCGCGUUGAAAGUGCGUUUCAAAUUAAGUUCUUGGAAUUGUUUACUUUUUUCACACAAGCCCCACAAUGUCACCGUUAAUAUGUCGGCAUGAUAAGUUUAUAUACUUUAAUUUCUUCUAUUCAGCGUUGAUGCAUAUUUCAUCCCGUGAAAGUGAUACAACCAUACAAUAUUGUCGCCAGUAAGUUCUUAGUUAUUUUUUUUCAGUAUCAAUAUCACUUGUGUCAUAUUUGUAGCAUUGUCUAAAGUAAUGUGGUGUCAUAAAAUGUAAUUAUAUUGAAUAUGCACUUCACAUUCACGUUAGAUAUAUAACCUCACUCGAUGAGUGUUAAAGAAGUAUGCGUUUUCUUUGAGUUAUGUUUAUUUCAUUGCUGUGUAUAAGCUAGAUUGACUAAGAGGGACCAACAAUCGCAUUUAUGUUGUGUUUGACGAUAAAAUCCAAAAAUUUUCCUAAAAAUGUUAAGUUGUUUUGUAGGAAAUGCGUGCCAAAACAGCCAGUUAACAUGUUGCGUUUUCAAAGUUAAAGGAAUCAAUAAAAUCGUACCAAAUGCUCAUAAUUUUAAACUAUUAAUGUAACUAAUGAUGUAAUUUUAAACUAUUCUAAACUACAAUUUCUAAAUUGAGAAUAAUUCAAUUCCAUUUGCUUCCCGCCGAUCCCAAAAAAUAAAUUUUCUGAAGUAUUAAUGACCAUAUUUAUUCAUUGUGUAAUAUGCAGUGUAUAGCUUUAUGCUGUAAUUUGGAUUAUAUAAAGCUCUUACUGAGAUUUGAUUGUUAUAUACUUCAUAAUAACAAAAUGGCAUUUAUUGUUUCGUAUGAGUUCAAGAAUAUUGCAUUGAAGAAAAGGGGAACUUCAGCAAAGUGUUAAAUUUAAAAACAACACUGGUAUGUAUUGAAGCGUUCACAGAGUUUCAGUAAUAAUUACGAUACACAAGUCCUUAACGUCUUCAAAAUGAAGCUGUUACACAAGAUACUAGUAAGCAGUUGUACAGGCCGAGAGGUUCCAUGUGGUCUCCUAGAUGCGCAAGAGGGGAACCGGCCAAACUGAGCUCGCGAGUUCCCCCUCUACUCCACGUGAGCAAUAGGCUACUGCGCAUCGUCGGGCCGAGGACCACAUGGAAUCUGUCGGCCUAUAGUGUUUGUAAUAACUAGUGUUAUUUCGGUUAAAUCUGUCUUUUACUUUGUAUAAAUCAAUAAUUAUAAACUCACCUAUGUUAAUUCCUAUUAUUUUUAUAUUUUAAGUUUUUUCUAUUAUAGAAGUGCAUAUUUUGGUUUAGUAUUGUUAUAGCUCUUAAAAAGUGCUCAAUUUAUAAAUUAUAGACUAUAAAUUACUUAUUAUUGCAACUUAUUUACUUAGAUACAUGUGAUUUUCUGCGCAAUACUGCACAAUUUUUUACUGAACACUUUCGAUGAUGUCCCAAAUUUUAACUAAGUUAUUAACCCCGUAUCGCUCGCCCUCAGUAAUCUCAUGUCUUCUCGAUCUUACGAUAGUAGAGUUUUGUCUCGCGUACUGCAAGGCUUAGCUCGAGAUUGCUAUCUCAAAGUACAUUGUUAUUGCAUUCGUCCACUUUUUCUUAGCGUGAUAAAUAAAAUUAUAAAUAUAUAGUGCAGAUUUGUUAGAAGAAAAAGAGAAUAUUAGUGAAAGAUAUUUUGAAGUAGUGUAUAUGUAAGAGUUAUCUGUAAAUUGUUCUUAUUCUUAUUUAUUUUAAUUGAAUUAGAUGUUACAAUUAGUAUUGUUAAUAUGUAAUUAAAGAAUAAUUUUAUAUUCAAAACAUGUUUAGUGAAGGUAAUUUAUUGGAAGAAUUAUAGCUGUAAUGUUUCAUGUAAAUAUUAUAUAUUCUAGGAUGCAAAAGUCUAUAGCAUGAAUAUGCGCAUAUAUGUGUCAUUAACUGUCACACCAUUUAAAAAUGUAGGCAAAAUAUUCGUUACAGUAUUUUUAUCUAAUUUUUUUGUUGGAGUAGAAUAGGUCAUCGGUAUAUAAAUUGUAGUAUUCCAUUCUUUUUUUAAAGUAUCAUAAUUGAAAUGAAUAAUGCCUCAUAAUUUGUUAAGCUCGAUGUUCAUUUUAGUUUGUUUCCAUCCGGAAGGAAGUUGGAACAUUUUGCUGUUCAGUAACACUACUGUGUAUGCUAGACAAUGAUUCUAUUUCUCUUUGAACGCAAUGAAUAGUAACUACACUAAAAUGUUACUUGACCCAGAUCUUCCAGGAAUGUGUUUGUUCAGGGGGGCGCUCUGCUUAAAUAGAUGUUAAACACAGAGAGUGGUAGAUGAAUCUUGCACCUUGAAUACUGUUACUAAUAUUUGCUUUUAUCCUUAAUCGUUUUGCCUUCAAAGUUUAAAAUACAGACCGAGGAGAGUUUUUAAUGCAGCAGCCUCCAUCUUAACAGACCGUGACGGAACCAGGUUUGUGUCGUAUAACCCAAAAGUCGGUUAAACCUACAAUCGUAAUAGAAAGAACUACAAAAAAAGGUAGAAACCAUCAGUCAUUGCAUUCAUUAAAUACAUAUAUAACACUAUAUAAAUUAUUCUAUUUGUAAACAAAAGUAGUGUAAUACACUCUUGACAUGUGGUAACUUGUCUGUCUUCUACCGGUGUUACGGUCACCUCUGUAGAAGUCAAAUCAUUUUUUCCUGGAAUAGUAGAUUAAUCUGACGAACGGUCGGCCCGAGGACGGUUAAGAUGGAGUCUGUGUCAGGAACGUACUCACUCUCUAUCACUAUUCAGUUUCCCACACAUGUACAGGGCGCCCCCCCCCUUCCCCUUCCCCCAGUAGACCACUGCACGCUUUUCACUGCAACAUUCCGUAACGGUCUCCCUGUACCUAGGUUAAGUCGCUGUUUUGUCUACUGUCGUCGUGUCUUACUGCUCAAUUAAUGUAAAGGGAACACACGAUCAUAUCUGUGAGUCAGAGUGUGUGGGCGCUCCACGCGGCCUGCUUGUGCCUUGGCAUUGCCAACUCUUCACCUACAUUAUAUUUUUGGAUUGAUUUGACUAAGAAAUCUCGUGCCACUGUAGUGUAGCUUUCACGUGUAGAUGUAUAGGAGAAGGCUAGUGAGCUGUACUUGUAGAGGGGUCGUGUACGAUUGCGUGUAAUAUACAUUUUGUGAUUCUUUUGUGAACUAGGCUAGUUAUACUCUCUGUAUUUGACAGCGACGUGAGUAACGGCGAGUAAAGGACACAACCCGUACGCUGUGGGGGAUUCAGUGGUUAAACGUAUUAUUUUGGCUAUAAAGUUGCAUCUCUAAAUGUUACGCUCCAUGGAAAUGUUAUAUAGGUAAUAUUUGUCAUUUUGGUUAGUUACGAUUUGUGGUUAUAAUUAGUAAACACAUUAUUAUCCAUCAAUGUAAAUCCACAUUGUCUGAAUAAAUAUUUCUUCCUCAA